AAACAUUUCAAACAUAAUCACCCAGAUAGAUGGGAUGAAUUAAUAAAAAUUGUCAAUAAGACAAAUAUUAAACCUUACAAUGCGGAUAAAAUUUUACAAAUAAAUCAAAGUCUUGUCAAAUGGAUUAUUACAGACCAGCAAGCAUUUUUGAUAGUUGAAAAUAAAGAUUUUCAACUAUUUAUUACUGAAUUAAUAUCAUGA